UGACAGAUUCUCUAAGGCGGCGGCGGCAGCGGCGGCCUUCGGCCGCGGGGAAUGGGAAUCUCAGGGCCCUGACUGAGCACCGCCCCCGCCUCCCUGCCGAGACAUGGCUCAGGAGAAGAUGGAGCUGGACCUGGAGCUGCCCGCGGGCACAGGCGCGAGCCCUGCGGAGGGCGGUGGCCCGGGCGGUGGGGGCCUCCGGAGAUCUAACAGCGCCCCCCUGAUCCACGGCCUCAGCGACUCCUCGCCGGUUUUCCAGGCCGAGGCGCCCAGCGCCAGGCGGAACAGCACGACGUUCCCGAGCCGCCACGGCCUGCUGCUCCCGGCCUCGCCGGUCCGCAUGCACAGCAGCCGCUUGCACCAGAUCAAACAGGAGGAGGGCAUGGACCUGAUCAACCGAGAGACGGUCCACGAGCGCGAGGUGCAGACCGCAAUGCAGAUAAGCCACUCCUGGGAGGAAAGUUUCAGCCUGAGUGACAACGACGUGGAGAAAUCCGCCUCUCCAAAGCGCAUCGAUUUCAUUCCGGUGUCUCCAGCACCGUCCCCGACCCGGGGAAUUGGGAAGCAGUGUUUUUCACCGUCCUUGCAAAGUUUUGUGAGUAGCAACGGAUUGCCUCCAAGUCCUAUUCCCAGCCCCACCACCCGGUUUACUACCCGGCGAAGCCAGAGUCCCAUCAACUGCAUCAGACCAAGUGUUCUUGGACCAUUGAAAAGAAAAUGUGAAAUGGAAACUGAUUAUCAGCCAAAGAGAUUUUUCCAGGGCAUCACCAACAUGCUGUCUUCUGACGUUGCACAGCUGUCAGACCCCGGCGUGUGCAUAGCCUCCGAUACCCUGGAUGGAAACAGCAGCAGUGCCGGAUCUUCCUGUAACUCACCAGCGAAAGUCAGCACUACCACCGACUCUCCUGUGUCGCCUGCCCAAGCAGCCUCCCCCUUUAUUCCAGUAGAUGAACUUUCGUCUAAGUAAUUCACCCGUCUUGAAUCCCCCUCCCCCAGUGGAGAGAGAGACAGAAUCAAGUUAGAGCAAGCACUGAACCUUGUCGAUUAAGUUGAGGCUGUUUCCUAUUUGACUCUUUCCCCCUUUUUUUGGAAGUUCCUGAAAUGUUAUUCUAGAGAAUUUCUAUGUCAGGUUCCUGCGGACGCCCUUGAAUUCAGUGUAGUAAUAUUUUCGGACUUUUUAUCAAUAAGUGUGUUGAAGCAUACAUUUUACGCUGCUAAUAUGUCUAAAUACAUAUGUUAUCCCUUGAUUUUUUAAAUAAUUGAGAGCUCUAUUUAUUUAUGGGAUUAUUAAGUUCUGAUGAAAAUAUAAAUGUUGAAUUUCAGUUUAGUAAACUGAUGUUUUAAAAUUCCAUAGUUCAUGGCACACUAAUUUUUAAUGUUUUUAGUGAUUACUGUUUUCCAUCUCUUGAAGAACUUACCUUCUUACAGCUUUAAAGAAAAAUGUUAGUCAUAUCAGUCCAUUGGUUGUCUGGUAAACCUAAGGGUCCUUGGAUAUUUAAUGUCCUGGGCACAAGAGUAGAUGGGAGGGGAAAUGCCAAAAAGAGAAAUAUUUCAUUUUUCAGCAAAUAUUUUAAAAAAUUAAAAUUAAGUAUAUAAAAGCAAACAUUUAAGAAGGACAUUUUCUAACAAAAUUUUAAUAGUGAAGUCACACCAGUAUAACUUCAGAAAUGAAAAGUUUCUUUUUGAAAACAUUUUUAACCAGAAAGUGCAUUCUCUUGGGUAUAAUCCUCAAAGUUCAAUGGGACUGUGCCUUGUUGUCUUAGCUCACUGUAGAAGACAAAGACAGGGCUCUUGCUACCAUGACAAACUUAACAUUUGAGAAAUGUAGAUGUUUGGGAAACCCCAUUGAGUGUUGGGAGAACACCCAGACAGACGAUAUUCUCUCAAUCAUCGAUAGACUUUACUAUCCAGCCAUGUCUUGAUUGUUAAAAUUCUUGCCAAUGAGAAGCCAAAGCAGCAUUUGGCUGCUUUUCUGCUCUGCCCAUCUGUCACCUGCUCAGGAAGGAAGCAGCUGUUUCCUUGCCAACAGGUACUUCCUACACCCUACCAAGCUAGGACAUAGACCUCCGACUUGGAUUCUGACGGAGUGAUGCAUCUCUAUUGUUGGAGCUACAUUAGCAACAGUAGAAAUGUUACUUGAAGGCCGAUGGUGUACAGGAGAUCAGUGGAGAGUCGCAACGUGUCAUCAUCACUUAGAAAGUGCAGUUAUGGAGUGCUUUUCUUUUGCGAUUAAGAUAAAUGGAAAAUAGUUUUUAUAUUGUACUUUAUAAUACUUCAUCUAUCCUAGAUAGACAAGGCAAGCAGACAGACAGGUGAAAUGAAUAACAGAUCAACAGGAAAAGGUUAAAAAUAAUACCUUAAGAAAGACCAUGACAAAAACUCAUUUUUAAAGUCAUUGCCUACAGAUUUUAAGAAUUAUAUGGAAUUUUUACAACUAUGAGAAUAAAUGGAACUGGUCAACUCUUGACAGUUGCAUCAAGUUUCAGUGAAAUAACAUCAAGGGUUGAUGCCAUCGAUGCCUCAUUUCCUAAACUGGAUGCCAUGUGACAUCUGACUUCUUCCUGUCAAAUACAGCGUAACCACCAAGUUCUGUCAGUUUCUUCUAAAGUGUGUCUCAGUGUGUCUCGUGUUCUAUUCCAGCUCCCCUCGUCACCUGCCUUCCUGUGUCUCACCUACCUUAUGGCUUGCUCUUCACACUGGCUCCCGAAUAAUCUUAAUACAUUAUAAACUUGAUUUCUUUCACGUUCAUGCUCAAAAACUAUAUUAUUUCUCUCCUGAUAGUUUAGGUAGUUCUGUAUAGUUUCUGACUGUAGUGACCUGUAGUGGUGUGGCUGUUCCCGAAAGGAACUCCAGUCCUCUCGUCUCAGAACUCCCCUCCCUCCUGCUGCUGCAGAGACUAGACUUCUUGGUAAUCCCUAAAUAGAUUACAUAUUCUUUCAUGUUUGCACUUUUAAAAUGGAUGUGUUUGUAUAUGUGUGUACAUGUGUGCAGCACACACACUGUGGUCAGAGGACAGUGUGCAGAGUUCAUUCCUUUCAUCCUGUGCAUUCUGAGAGUCACUCAAGUCACCAGGGGUGUCAGCAAGUUGUCAUGUCUUGUUUUUUGGUAGAUUGUUCUUUCUCCCCCAAUGAUAUUCCAGCAAAUGCCUUUUUAAGUUUGUUUAUGUGUGUGUGUGUGUGUAUACAUGCAUUGUGCACAUGCAUACACACACAUAUGAAGUCAGAAAGCAGUUUGUGUGAACUGAUUCUCUCCUUUCACAGUGUUGGCUCCACUUGGCAGCAGGAGCCUAAAUUUACCCACUGACCCAUCUUGAACCAGCCCUCCUCCACUUUUUAAUUCCACAUGAACUUCGACUGAAAACUGUGUAUAGAUUAUAAAAUACUUAAGUAAUGUAUACAUGUAUAUAGUUAAAAAUCUGCCAUUUACUAUGUAAACUUCAUUGUCUCUUCCUACAGGUAACAUCUGCUGACAGUUUGGUGUGCACUCUGCAAGCUGUGAUGCUCUGCAUUUCCCUGCAUAGAUAUGUGCAUGUAGAUGCAGGGCAUCAGUAUGCAUUGGCAGUUCUCUGUUUGUUUCACCCCAUCUUUAAUCACUCACUAGGUCUUACUGAUUUUAUCUCCUGGAAUCUAACUCCCGGUUUCAAUCUCUGCUGCCAGCAAGAUCCAGGCUAUUGUAUCCUUCUUGGGCUGCUCUCCCAGUGGUGCUCAGCAUCCUCACUCCUGUCUGCUGUCUGUUCGUUUGCUCAGCGUUACCCUUUUAGUAUUGCUUGUUUUUUAUUUUUAUGAGUGUACAAAAUGCAUCGGUUCUGGCUCAGGGCUCUGAAGGAUUGGCCCCUGCCUCUUUCUUGUUUUUGUUUGUUUGUUUUGUUUUUGUUCCACCCUCGCUAGUUAGCUAUCCUCUUUUGAAAAAAUUAUUUAUAUGUAUAUGGGUGUUUGCCUGCGUGUAUAUUUGUGCACCUUGUGCAUGCCUGGCGCCCACGGAAACCAGAAUAGAGCCUCAGAUCUGGUCUAUGAUAACUGGAGUUACAGACUGUUGUGAGCUUUCAUGUGAGUGCUGGGAAUUGAACUCGGGUCCUCUGGAAGAGCAACCAGUGCUCUUAACCUUUGAGCUGUCUCUCCAGCCCUCUCUUUCUGCUUUUUAAAUGCCUGAUAUUCACUCUUACUGCUUCCUUUCGCCAGGUCGUUUUCCUACAAUCUAUGAAGGCCUUUAUUUUUCUAAACUGCUGCUUUUCUGUAGGUGGUAAAUCUUAAGUAAGCUAAGACUCAGCGUUUGUAUGAGUAAUUUACAUCACCAUAGCAACUUUAACUAUUCCUCCUUAGCUCACGUGGACAUUUGCUUCCAAAAACACAUUUUUAAGAUAUUAGUGUUGCCAAUUCAGUAAUUCUGACCUAAAGCAAUUAACAGCACUUAGUUAAAGGGCCAUUUUGUCAUAUCUAAUAAACUUCUGCAGUAUAUUUUCUUUUCUUGUGGGUGUAAAAUAUAUAUCGUGAAUGAACGAAAUCACAACUGGUUACUAAACCAGAGGGCUGCUGGAUGCUGGGACUUUUAAGCAUACUUAAAAGUGCAUGCCCUCCAGAAGGACCUGGAUCAGGUUGCCUUCCAGCGAGUCACAUUGAUUAGUUCAACCCAUUACACAACCUACCUACCUCAAGAGACCACUUGAGAUAGUUGGUAGGAAAGGCUGGACUUUUCCCCCUGUAUUUUUGGGGGGGGGGUAAGGGGAAAUUGGUAGAAAAUUAGAGAGAGGAAGUUGCUAUAAGAUGAGGCAGGGAAGGCAAUGUAAAUUACAGUCCUAAGUGGGUAUCAGAAAAGAAAAGACUUGCCCUUGGAAAGCAGGGCUAGAAACCUGGUUUUCUUUGACCGGAAUGAAAAGGUUGGCAAAGACACUGCAGCUGUUGGUUUGCUUUUGCAGUGGUUUGGGGAGCAGAGGUAUGGAGGAAGACUACACAUAUGAUCAGUAGUAAAUUAGCUUCGCAUCUGCUUCCUCCAUCUAGUUAAUGAGGAACUUAGGGUCAGAAGUGAACUAAAUGAUUAAUGGCCUGAGAAUGGCUAAAGGAGAGGCUUAAGAAUGAAUAGAGGGCUAGCCAGGCCACACUGGAUUCUGUUCGCAUCCGCACAGAGGUGAGCUGAACUGACUAGGUUUGGGAGUCAGCUAAGUAGCUACUAGUUAAUGUGAGCACGUUCCUGGGAAAGUACAGUUGAGUGAGAGGCGUUGGGGAUGGUCAGAGGAUGAGUGGGAUCCUAUUCAUGAUCUAACCUUAUAACCUGUCACACCAAUGAAUAUGGAGAACCUGGUCUCAUUGUAGCACUUUUAACUAUAAUUUUUCACAGUUGAUCUUAUUUAGCUAGAAGGACAGCCCAAGAGGCAAGCUUCCACCUGAACUCCACUUACUUGGUAGACAUUUGUAUCGUACUGCCCCUAAGAACCAAGACACAGUUUGUUGACAUCUAAGUAUUUUUUUUCUGAAAAAUUAAAAUAAUAUUUAUGUAAAAUGUAAUGAACUGCUCUCUGUGUAUCCAGCAUUUUUAGGGGCUAGUUUUCAAUGUAAUUAUUUUACCGUUUACUGAGAUGGUCUUAAUCCUUGUUUUCUGAAUGAGGAAAUAGGGGUGGAAUGGUGAGGACACUUGCCUGGGAGUCCAAAGCUGGAAGCUUCGCUGCUGGUUGCAGUGGUUAUGAAUGGAUUGCAGAGCCAGGCUGCUGUGGUUCAGGGGCAGUACGGAACAGUGAAGGGACAUGGAGCUGGCAGCUGUCAUUAUCGUGUGCUUCUGAGCAGUUCUUUCCCUCUGUAACCUCCCCCGGAUUUGGGUCCAGCUCACUGAAACUGCAGAACAAGUCUUAUUUUUCCGUUUUAGCUCUAGUUGUCAUCCUUCCUUUUCAAAUCCAGAGCACCGAUUCUUCUCUCAUGGCUACUGCUUGCUCCACAUUUUAGAGACGUUGGGUACUUUCUUCAGUGAAGUAAACAGUUCAGAUGACAGUUCUCUCAGGACCCUUUGCCGUACCAGGUGGGGAGGUCAGAGUCAUCUAGCAACAUAAAUUUUUGUGAGUAUCAGUAUUGUAUAUUGUUUAUAUCUGGACUAUUUCCAUGCAGCAUUCAAUAUGGGCUCAGGCACCAUUUUCAUUAACACCCCCCCACACACACACACACAUAUACACCACACUGUUUAACCCUUAUGAUAGCCCUCUGAGGCAGAUAGUAUGAAUUUGCUAUGACUAAUAUGAGAAAAUCAAAUUUUGUCAUUUAAAACGCCAUUUUUAAUUUUUCCCUUUUGAAUUUUGUUCCUUUUUGUUUUUUCCUUGGUUAUUUAUUUUAUUCAAGAAGACUGUUUCCCAGUUACUUAACGUACUUGCUAAUUGUGUGAGUGUUACCAUUCUGUUUUUAAGUCAAAUGAUAUAUUUAUUUUAGAAUGAUUGUGUUCCAGGAAAUGAUCAGGAAGAUUGUCUUUCAUCAGUGGUGAAAUACUGACGUGUGUAAGGAAAUCAUUCCAAGCUUCACAUUUUAAACUGAUUUGCUAUUUGAAACCAUAAGAGAUACUCAAACCCUCCCCCUUUUAUUGUUUUGUCUAAAUAAAUAUAAGAUUUGUUAUCCUGUUGAAUAUGGAUUAUAGACGUCGUUAUAUGUAAUUUAAAUU